AAUUUGUACUCGUUUCGUUGUCGUGUUAUUGAAAAUUACAGAAAUGUUUAGAAAUUGGACAGGUCGAAGAAUUUUAAUAAAUGACUGUAUUUCGAAUAAAGUGAAGUGAUCAAAUGUGCACAGUUAAGUUUUGUAAAUAGUGGUUAUAAAUGUUUUGUGAUUGAUAUAACGAAUCAUUGGUACGCAAGAUGGACGAAAUGUCUAAGGGCAUGUCACAAACAGGAAGCACCGCUGCAACUGACAAAAAUCAAGAUAUUGAUGGCUCGUCAACGCCGAUGGUGUACGUGAACGAAUCGUGCCUGGAGUGCGAAAGAGUUCGCGCGGCUUGCGAGCGGCUGGGCGCUGUUGCGGCGGUGCGGGGGCCCGAAGUGCUGCCCUUGACACAGCAGCAGCCAGCACCUCCCUCCUACCUUGUAACCGCACCCUUUGAAGGAGAACUCUUCGAUGCCGCACACAAAGCAAAAUAUAGGGUGCUGGGCCCUACCGCGGUGCUGCAGCUCGCAGAUAGGGACGAGGCGCCGCCGUCAAACGCGCGGCCGCUCUACUCCCUAGCGAUGCGUGGUGCAGUCAUAUGUUUCUCAGGGUUCCGGAAAAAAGAUGAGCUUACGUACCUGAUAACACUUAUACACUACAUGGGUGGAUCAAUCCGCAAAGACAUGUCGAGUAAAGUGACGCACCUAAUUGCGGCGGCCGCUACGGGCGACAAGUACCGGUACGCGUCCGGCUUCGGCGUGCCCGUGCUAGCUCGCUCGUGGGUCGACGCGUGCUGGGAGCGGCGCGACGAUGCCGACUGCUUCGCAACAAAUGACGCCAUCAUUAAGGAGCACAAGUUAAAAGUAUUUGCGGGCGCAAGAGUGUGCUUCGUUGGGUUUCCUGAAGAUGAAACGCAGCACAUGGCAGAAGUUCUCGCCAGCAAUGGCGGGGCCGCUUGCCCGCUCGACGACCCCGACUGCACACAUGUCGUAAUGGCCAAUGGGGAGACUUUCGGUCGUUCGCUUAUCCUCUCGCCUCACCUUAACAACCCCAGUGCUUCCGCGAAGCCGUCCCGCUCCACACCAAACCGAUCCCAAACUACUCCAAAGAGUUCUCUCUACCGUAGGCUAUCUGCCCGCCUCUCGGGUCGUCGCGCUAGUCCAACUAAACAAUCGAACGACCAAAACGAAGAUAUAAUAAAAGACGAAAGAGAAGAGCGCUUGCAAUACGCAAGAGACAGUAUUAGAAAUAGUUUAAGUAAUAAUAAAGAUAAAUCUCAACUAGAAGAUAUCAGUAUUACUAAUUUAGGAAAAUCAUUUCUACAUGAUUUGAGCUCCGAUGUCCAUGAUAGCGGCGGCUGUGGUCAUAUCGAAUAUCGGAAAAAUAAAAGCAGUGAUAAAGAAAAUAAAUAUUUGUCACAAAUUAUUCAUGGUGGUACCAGAACAAAUGCUAAAGAUAAGAGAGAAGUCUUUAAAAAUAAGUCUAUAAAUGUAUUUAAUAUAGUCGACUGCUUAACGGAAGCAGGAUCUUUACAUUCGUCUCUUACUAAGAGUUUGUGUGACCUGGAUUCGAAAGAUGAAGCAGUAUUUCUCUUACCUGUUGCAAAAGGAAACAAAGAAUUACAGCAAUCAAAUACUACCAUUUCUUCCGGGAAGAAAAGGAGCCGAAACUCUACAGAUUCCAAUUUUCAAAUAAGUGUAAUAGAUGGCAAUAACUUAUCGCCGGACAAAUCAGAAGAUCUCAAUUGGAAAUCUAUUAAACGGCUUAAAAUAAAAGACUCCUUUAAAUUUAAAACGAAGCCUAACAUAUUUAAAAAAACAAAAAAAGAAUCUUUAUCUAAAAUAUCGGGAGACAUCACUGUGGAGCCAGUGAGCCCUGAGAGCGUAAAGCCCACUGAUCCCGCGGGGGAGUUCGUCGCAUCGACGUCUUCGCCCAUCAGGGAUUACGACAAUACUUCAAUUUCAUCGUUGAAUAUGAGUAAGCAGUCUGGAUUUUUCGAUAUUUCUUUUGCGUCUAUAAGAAGCUCUAAAACUGUCAAAUCUGCGUCAAAAUUACGGAGAAGUGUAAAAUCGUUUACCGCGUCUUUUAGAAGCGAACGAAAAAAGAAAUACGAAAAGCGAGAACGGAAUACCGUAGAUGUGAACCCUUGCCAUCUACCGCCGGAACUGAAAAAUGUGUCAACUCCAAAGAGAGAUCUCGACGAUAUCCACUUCGAUAUUUCUCCGGUUCAAGUGGACACUGUGGACAGUACAGACAUGAGAACUCCGAUGAAGGAUCCGGACAUGGACGAGUUGGACGACUCGACAGUUUUUAAAACACCACAGAGCGUGUGGCUCCGAGUGCACCGCCACUCCAUUUGCGGCGCGCCGGAAAGUCGCGAACGCGAGCGCGGCGGCCCCCUGUCCCUCCUUCCCCGCCCCGCGCAGUCGCCGCGCCGCUGCGAGCUGCGUGCCGAGACGCCCCCCACCCGCGACGCCCGCGCCUUGUCGCAAUGCCAUGGACUAUCGCUGCCGGUGGUGGACGAGCACAAUACAGGUGUUGCGCCGGAUUGUUCGGCGCGCGUACAUAUCGUCAAAGCUGAGUGGUUCUGGGCUUCCGUACAAAAUGAGGAGGCCCAGGACGAAAGGGAAUAUCUCUUCAAAGAUUACCUCGAUGAGGUUUCUCGGCGGUCGUCUGUGGGCGGUACGGGUCCCACCGUAACGUGUUCGGGAGUGGACGAGGUUGGAGGCGGGGCGGGCUCAAAUGCAGGCGGCACUCCGGCGGCAUUACAAAGGUUAAGGAAACGCAAGCUGCGCGGCAACGAUGCAGCGUUGCACAAGCGACGUUCGUCAGUAGGAGAUGCCGUACUACUCAGUCUGUCAAAUAACCUACUGGAUUGUACGCCUUCGCCCGACGGCAAGCAACUAUUGGAAGAAUCAGAAGUACCUGACAAUGUAGUGCGAAAAUUAAUGUCUCCACGGCAACAAGUGUUCAUGGAGCUUCUUCAGACGGAGUCAAAUUAUGUAGGAAUACUACACACGAUAGUAAACAUGUUUAAACAACCGUUAGAAGAAAUGGCCGAGGAUGAUACUAGUAAUGGAAAAACUCAAGCGUUGCUCAAUAAUACAGAACUAAAAAUUAUUUUCGGGAACCUGCCGCCUAUUUAUGAGUUACAUCAACGAAUGCUGGAAGAGCUCCACUACGCGCAGGCGCAUUGGAGCGAGGAGGUGAGCAUCGGAAGGCUGGUGUUGCACUACACGCCUGACAUGGUCAAGGCCUACCCGCCCUUCGUCAACUUCUUCGAGAACACCAAGGAAAUGCUGCAGCAGUGCGACCGUGAGAACCCAAGAUUUCAUGCAUUCCUGAAAAUCUGCCAAACCAAGCCCGAGUGUGGUAGACAAAGCUUACAGGAACUUUUAAUAAGACCAGUGCAGCGAUUACCCAGUAUAAGUCUGUUAUUGGAUGAUAUUUUAAAGCACACACAUAAAAGUAACCCAGAUCACGCGGCGUUGGUUUCGGCGCUAGCGGGGCUACGCGAGGUCAUGUCGCACAUUAACGAAGACAAGAGAAAGACCGAGGGCCAACUGCAGAUGUUCGACAUAUACAACGACAUCGAUCAGUGUCCGGCUCAUCUCGUAUCGUCGCAUCGCUCAUUCGUGGCCCGAUGCGAAGUGGUUGAGCUUUCGAAGGAGCUUUCCGGACGGGGGGACCACCUCGUGUUAUUUCUAUUCACCGAUACCAUGGAAGUGUGCAAGAAACGAUCCAAGGCUUUCAACAGUAAAAGUCCAACGAACGGCACAGGCACCAUGCGGAUAGGCUCCAGUAAGCCCUACAGACAUAUCUCCCUUAUGCCGCUCAGCACUGUGAAGUGCGUCGUCGAUAUUCGGGAGGCCGAAGACUGCCACAACGUGUUUGCGCUAAUGUGCCGCAGUAAUCAAGAGCUUAAGGAAAAGCUGUAUUCUUUCAUGAUCACCGACGAAACGGUCGACAAGUCACACUUUCUGCGACAGCUCUGCCGGCAAAUGGCCAACACCGUCUGCAAGCCUGACGCUGAUAAGUUCUUGGCGUGCCUGGAUUCGCAUCAGCUCGACAUCGACACGAGUGAUCUCGCGCUCAGCACACUCUCCAAGGUAUCAAAGUUCGCAGCACGCACUAGGAUAAAGCUGGAGGCGCUUGCGGGGCUGGGCGGCUGGCUGCGCACCGACCCUGGAGCCAUCCUCCUUGACACAUGGGUAUUGCGCGCUCACUUACUCGCACAGGUGGGACGUGCACUUUCGUUCAACAAAACACCUUCAAAGCUGAAAAGAGCGAUGUCCUCAAUGAUCUCGCCUUUCGGUUCGACUUCAAAUCUAACGCCCGCAUCGCAGCUCGCUCAAAUGAGGCUCGCCAGCUGCAAUAAUAUUAAUGAAAUGGGCGCGAGUGCAGGCGGCAACGGCGAGGGGGCGUCGAUGCUGGUGGCGCCGCUGUCAGUUCAGCCCACCCGCAAGGCGACGGCGGGCGCGGCGGCCGCGUUACGCCGUUUCUGACGCCGCUCGCAGCGCACCCUGUGACGCGCGCCGCCCUAGUCACCCGCCUCCGCCGACCAUUGUGCUAUGAGACGGAGGUAACACGUUCCGUUUGACAUCAGUUCUAUCCAUGACACGAGUAGUGUCCAUCUAUGGUUCCCGUAUGACGUCAUCGACCAAAAUAACACUUUUCUUUUUUAUAAAGAAGCACUUAUAGAUACGAGGAAUUAACUCGAUGCUUUUUGCGUCAAAUCAAAUGGUAGUAUUUUGUAUUUUCAGAAUCUAUACGUUGCGUCGUUUGGUGAAAUUGAAAAGCAGUAUGUUUUCGGAUUGUUAUUUUCGGAAUCAUGUUAAAUUGGCGUUUUUUUUUUUGAGAAUUUUUGCAUAUAAAUUAAGCUAGAUAUCUAGCGAAAUAAGGAAACGUGUUCGGUGAUAAACAGAGCGCUGGAAAUGACCAACAAGAUUACUGAGAGAUGUUAAAUAAUAAUGAGGGCAGAUGCCUUUAUAGACUGUUGAAUUUAAGAAUGUGAGAGUGAUUCCACAGGAAUCGAGUAAUCAGAAUCGCUCCCAUAUUCUUGAAUUCAUCAGUCUCAUGUCAAUCUGCGAUCCGUUUUAUCGUGUUCAUGGACUGUUCUGAUGCUAAUCUAAUCGUGUUACCUCUAUCGAACCACUACAAGUGUACCUUUAUGCCCGAAACGUCGGGCCACUCGUAUAGAUUAAGAGAUAGCUGUUUCAUUCCGUAUGGUUCUAAUACAUAGAAUAAUAUUAUCAUCUUCUAACUGCUUAUUCCAAAUAAAGUUAGCUGUAUUGAACUGAUACUUAUUAGAUAUUGUCACGUGUUUAGUUCAAAUUGUUUUAUGCGUUUGAUCUUUAUGGAAUGUUAAAAGGGCAUCUCUGGGACUAUUAUUUAUCGGAUGACAUUGAUAUUUGUGAUUGUACCUUCGAAUUAUGACUUUAUCGAUUUUACCCUAAUGUAGAAGUUUAUUGCCUAGUGACCCAGUUUAUAUUCUCGUUGGACCCAGUGAUGUGGACAGUGCGAAACGAGAUAAGGCAAAUUAAAUGUAAUAUAUUGUUCGAGGCCAGGCCGAUGUUGUGAAUUUGUUAGACAAGAAAUGUGCCUUUGUAUGGUAAUCCUGAACUCCUCACUAUUCUUUAAGUUUUCUGACAGUGGGAUAACAAUUGAUCUGUCAUAUCCAUAUAACAUUUUGUUGAUGAUUUGAUGAGGAUACAACCGGCGCUAUAUGCGUAACCGGAGUUUAGUAUGAUGACAGAAGGUUGUCAAAACCGUCAGAAGAGUUACUGAAUACAGCAGCUGGACCCUUAUUCUCUAUGAUAUGAUAUCGUUAGUUAUGUGUCAUAGCGAAUAAGAGACUUGACUGUCAUGAUAAGGGGAGUCCGUUGAUGGUAGAAACAAAAGAUACCCUGCAACCCGCAACGUCACGUGGAUUCGUCAUCUUUCAAGUUGAACGAAGGCCACUUCGAGGCAUCCAAUACAAUCCAAAACUGAAUAGCUUUCCAUUUUGCGUACGAUUAAUACACAUAAGACUGUCUGAAUGCGCGCUUGUUUUGAUGGAUCGCACGCCAUUUAAAUUAAACAACGAAAAUUUAAAAUUCCCACCACUGAUAUCCGCCAUUCGGAAUGCCGAUUAAGUUCUAAUAGAAUUUUCGCUUUAAACUCUAUGCAGCGUCUCUAGUAUUGAGUUAAAUCAAAUGUGUAUUUUGUUUAGGCCGCGAAACACAUUGCAGACACCUGAUGUUAUAGAAUGCGUGUACCGCUCACCUAUUUAUUAAUUUUUGCAACAGAUCAUCAACUUCGUUCAUACAAAAAGAGUAAUUUGACAACCACUUUAAUAGUCAUCGUAAUUCAAAGAGAUCGUCUCUGGCUAAUAAAUAAAAAGUUAGUGAUAGUCAAAUGAUAAUAGCGCUACUAAAGGUGCUGGAUAUCUGUUUCUACCAUCAUAGUAUUAUUUUAAAAGUGAGAACGAAGGAGCUUCGAGUGUUAAAGAUUGAAUCUUUUAACGUAGAUUAAUAAAAAUAAACGAUAUUGUGCUAUCAGUUGUGCAACUAUAAACCAAAUUAAAUUUGUGUAAAUUUAAGUCGGCUGCCCAAUGCCACCGUCGUUGUUUGUAGUAUAAACAAUUCACAAAAAGCAAAAGUAAAUCAUUCAAGCUUUCGUGCUUUUUGCUCGCAAUUUUUUUAUAUACAUACGAUUACAUUACCAGAUACAUAUUUUAAUUAUAUUAUAAGUUGUAAUUUUACACCAAUGGAACCUGUAUUUCGAACCAAACAAUAUUUUAUACUAAAUAACGACGGUGUCUCCUGGCAGCCUAAGUCAUUCAUCUCCAUUUACAGUUAAUAGUUAGGGUCUCAUCUCCACUAUUCUGGCGGCUCUAUUCGCGUAACUAGUUUUUGGGAUCUGUGUAAUAUCUUGAAUAAUUUAAAUCAGAUAUUUAAAUCUUUGUGUCACAUAGUUAAUAUUGAUAUUAUUGAAUAGUCCUGAGUAAUAUGUACAUAUUGUGAUAUUUUAAUUUAAUGGUGGAAUUAGACAUCGUAGGUUAAUGUUGUAUCUGGUGAACUACCAUAUCCGUCUGCUAUUGAUUUUAAGCGUUCCUAAUAUUUGCCUCGUCGCUUCUUAUGAACGUUUAAUUCAGUGAACAUUAGUUUGCGAACACGGGUGAGCAAUCGUCGCCUGUUAGCUUCUGUGCGUGUUACAAUGUUUUAUUAUUUGUCUUAAUCAACUUUUACCAAAAAAAAGCUCAAAAGCUGUGACACGCACCGACGUUCAUAUCAUGCGUACGCAUGUUAAUACAUUGUACAAAGGUCUAUAAUAUUUAUAAAUAUUUUAAAUGAUUGAAAGAAUAAACGUUUAUUUUCAAU